AUGAACUAACUUAGUUAGGAGCUCCAAAGCUUAAGACUGGCCAUGAAUUAAAAAAGCAGAUCAAAUAUUGAAGAAGAGGUUUAAGAUGAACAAGAUUAAGGAACCAUCUACUGUGAUAGAUAUGGAUCUGGAAUUUAUAAAAGUGUUUCCUCCUAUAGAGCCCAUAUUUAUUAAAAGAAUGAUGGGAAAACUCUCAGAAUGAAUAUGUAGGGAAUUAAGGAUGAUAAUUAGGAUAUUUUGAAUAAACUCCUAACACAGGACGGAUAAUGUAUACAAAUAUUGUAAUGGAAUUUCAUUUUGAUAAACGAAAAUACAUACAAAGCUAUUAAAAUUUACCCACAUUUUAUUAGUUUAAAGGAGGCGAGAAACGAAUAGUUCAGUAAAGCUCUAUAUUACUACAAUCGAUAGUAAUCAACUCAUUUCGGUGGAAUGACAGUAGGUUUUAGUAAAUAAUUUCAAUCAAGGAGAUUACAGAUUUAUAUUUUCCAGACUUGCUCAGUUAUAUUGCAUAUGAAUGGAGGCUUACAAUUAAUAGAAGAACUCUUGAGUGAUGCAUAUAAAUUCUAGACUUAAAUAAAUUCAAUAAAAUAGUUUUCAAUAAUUUAUGAAUACAAGAAUACGGAAAUUAUAAUGAAAAAUAAUGGAUCAAUAAAAGGACAUCAAGAUAAGUUGAGUGCAGAAACUCAAACAUAAACUUGCUAAACAGAUUCUUAGACUUCAAAUUAACACUGCAAAUCAGUUUAUGAAAUUCUUGAUAUUGGAUGA